AUGCCAUCUCCUCUUGUCUUCACAGCCAAGCUGCUAGUCUCAUCAUUUUGCUCACCACCGCCAUUCAUCGGAUACUACACUUCUUACAAGUUUUCCUUCUGCUGUCUAGUACCCCGAACUGCAAAUCGACUAUUGUCCAAAAUCGUACAAUCCACCACAUUUGCGGCAAGAACAUUCUUUUAUCAGCUUGUGCGGAUCUGGAUUGCGUCACAUAAGCUACUGCCUGUCGUUUCCAGCCGAAUUAGAAACGAACAACGGACACUUCGUUUGAACUUUUAUGCAGUUGCGAAAAUAGUGCGACAAAUCGAUCUGGGAUUCUUCGAGGACAUUUGA